AUGGGUGACUGGCAAUCUUACUUCGCUACUCCUUCGCCUUCGGAAGACUACCUGAAGCAAUUGGUUGAGGCAGCGGGCCGGAGGGAAGCCCUCCUGAUUGCGCAAAACGCGAUCCUUAAGAAGCUACUUGACCUGCGGACGGGAACUCAACCGGAGGCAGCCUCAGUCCAACAGUCAGUAUCCCAGAUACGUGACUGGACAGAAAUCUUGGUCGAUCUUGCGUUCCUCGCGACCGAGUCUGAUGAAGCACUGUGA